GUGGUUGCCGCCUGACCGUGUCUCCAACAGGUAUUAACGCUGGAACGUCACCUCCAGGUCACGGUACAGAUUAGGUCCGGGUGCGACUUCGACAAAGGGAAUCUGCACGAUGUUUGUUGAAGUUACAUGCCUCUUCGUCUUUGCCAGCUUUGGCACGAACAUUUGCCAUGCCUCUGCUUCCACUGGGCUGCGUCCUUUCUAUGUGUUCGGUCCCAUGGUGAACAGUUUGGAAGACGUGGACAACUUCAUGGGCCUUGGCGUGAAUGCUAUAGAGGCUGACCUCAAUUUUGCCUCAGAUGGAACGCCACAAAAGUUCUAUCAUGGAUGGCCGUGUGGCUGCCACCGCGACUGCGAGAAGUCGGCGGGAGUGAUUACCUACCUCUCCUAUUUAAGAGAUGCCGUCAGUCAAAGUGGCAAGUUUGCUGGUAAGCUGCAGCUGCUUUACGUCGACACCAAAACUGAAAGCCUUUCUUCUGGCACGAAAUACCAGGCCGGCAUCAACCUCGCCAACAGCUUGAUCAACACUCUUUGGAACAAUGGCACAAUACCAUCCGAGAACAUGCUGAACGUCAUUUUGUCGGUGUCCUCUACGCUGGACAAGGAGAUCCUUUCGGGAGCAUUCGACACAAUCAAGCGAGCCGAGAAGUCAUCAUUAUUUCUCGACCACGUGGGUUUUGACAUAAGUGGAUACCAACUGCUAAGUGUGAUUGCCGAUAUAUAUGAAGAGCUGGGUAUCCAGCAACAUCGCUGGCAGGGUGACGGCACGACUAACUGCUUGAUUGACAUUUACUGGGAAGUACGUACUAAAGCUGCGAUAUCACGACGAACUGCGGCCAACACGACGGAUGAUUACGUGGACAAGGUGUACGUCUUGACUGUCGACAAUGCGUCGACCAUGCGUCGGUUCCUCAGGUUGAAGAUAGAUGGUAUGUUUACGAACCAGCCAGCAACUCUUCUGAGUGUCCUCCAAGAAACAGAGUUCUCGACGAUGUACCAGCUUGCCACUGCGAAUGAUAACCCAUGGAAGCGUAUUGUUUGACUAAAGGUUUCUUGUUUGACGUAAAACAAAUUACAUGUGAGCUCAAGCCCCAUGAUUAUAAACAACUCGCCAACCCUGAAAACAUGAUUAUAAACGAUUGUUCGGGUUUUGUGUCCCAAAACCAGGAUAUGAUUGGGAAGGUCCACGUAGUGGAGGGCUCUGGAAAUAAUGCCCAUUUGGGGUUCUGUAUAGAAGAGGCUAUCCACGGCAACGCGGGUAGCAAUAACGCCGUGUACUGCAUUUCUCAUACUGGCACGUCUUCUGCGCUCUCCCAUAGUACAGUACCAAGAACCCUAAAUCAUUUAACCAUUCUUUUUCCUGAACAAACUGUACCUCUUAGUCUAACUACAAUGGCUUCUAGCGAAUCGCCUUCACUGAAAGCUGAACGCCUCGGCUGAGAUUGGAUCUUGGCGCCUUCGAGUC